AUGGAUGGCGCUGGAUUAGGCGCAUCUCUCUUUCUGCCAAAUAUCUACCGGGUGUGGACAAUUUCACGGCGGAUUGGUUCUCCUGGUUUUGGAGGGGAUGCCAGCGACUGGAUGCUGACCAGAGAAGGUUUUGCUCUUCUCCUCGCGGCCCAUGGACCCUGCACACUGGACCUGUUUUCCUCCCAUUGGAAUAAUCAACUACCACGGUACUUCAAUUGGCUUCCCGAUCUGGACUCAUUGGCCUCAGAUGUGGCCACAGACGAGGGGGUUUGCCUUCCCUCCCUUUUAGAUGAUUUCCCGUCUGAUUCAUCAGGUCCGCCUUCAAUGGGUGAGCCUCCUUCUCGUCACUCCACUCUGGCAAACUCAGCCUUGGUUUCCCAUUCUGCUGGAGCUGUCGUGCACGGACCCUCCCCUCCUUUCCUGGGGCCAUCUUCUCCUACAAGACUUGGAAGGGAGCCCUCACCAGUGCUUUUAGGAAUGUCUUCUUCUUGUAGAUUGGGAGAUUUCUGGGGUUCCUGGAAUCUGUCGGGCUUAUCACCUACAGCUUGCUCCGAGAGUCUUGGGCUCUGGGUAUUCGGAGAUGCAGACCAUGUACGGAUGAUUUCAGAAGGCUCAGAUUGUCGCUGCAAAUGUAUCAUGAGACCUUUGAGCAAAGAGGCUUGUGCUCGUAUUAAAGAUGGCAACAUGCAAGUAGAAGAUUAUUAUACAGUGGAGACAGUGAGUUCAGGAUCAGACUGCAAGUGUUCCUGUACUGCACCACCCUCAUCUCUCAACCCUUGUGAAAAUGAAUGGAAAAUGGAGAAAAUGAAGAAACAAGCCCCUGAGUUAUUCAAGCUGCAGACUAUGGUUGACUUAUUGGAAGGAACUCUGUACAGCAUGGAUCUGAUGAAAGUACAUUCCUACAUAAACAAAGUUGUGGCACAGAUGAACACUCUGGAAGAGACCAUCAAAACAAAUUUAUCUCGUGAAAAUGACUUCAUGAAGGAGAGUGUGAUAAACCUUUCCAACCAGAUGAAGAAAUAUGAUAACUAUUCUGAUAUUAUGAUGAGUAUCAAGAAGGAGAUCUCUAAUCUGGGAUAUCAACUGCUCCAAAAGGAUGCACCAGAAAACAAAGUACAGGAAUCCGCUGGAACAAAAGAUAUCAAGCAUUCUGCUGGCAAGAAAAACUCUGGGGAGAAAUCAUUGUCUAAAGUGACUAAGGAGAAAGUGCAAAAAUCAGAGAAACCCAAGAAAGAGAGUAGCAAAGCCAAAUCAGCUUUGGCUCAAACAACCCCGAGACCAAGAUCACCUGCACUGCAACUACAGCCUGUAGUUAUUCGAGGGGUCACCUACUAUAAAGCUGGAAGACAUGAAGAAGCUGAAGGCAUGACAAACCAUAGAGAAAACAUUGGAAGGUCAAUCUUACGAGGAGAUAAACAAGAUAGUAAAGCAGAGGGAGAUAUCAGAGAAACUCACAUCAUUCAGGAGGAAAAGAUUAUAGAGAUUCCUGCAGCAACCACUACUACCACCUCCACCACCUCUACAACACCUUCUACAACAUCCACCAGAACUGAAAGUACCACGACAACAACAACCAAAACUACCACCACUGAACUUGUAGCAACAACACUUUCAUCCACAGAUCUUGGACCUGAAGCAGGGAACAAUAAUAAAGUUAGGGAAGGAGCAUGUGAAGGCACCAUCGCAUCAGUUGAGGCACCAAAAAAGCAUCACAGUUAUGGCCGCAAUGAAGGUGCUUGGAUGAAAGACCCUAGAGCAAAGGAUGACAGAAUCUACGUAACUAAUUAUUACUAUGGCAAUAAUCUAGUGGAGUUCAGAAAUCUAGACAAUUUCAAACAAGGACGAUGGAGCAACUUGUACAAGGUUCCUUACAAUUGGAUUGGUACAGGGCAUGUUGUAUACCAAGGAGCCUUUUAUUACAACAGAGCUUUUACAAAAAAUAUUAUUAAGUAUGAUCUGAAGCAGCGCUUUGUAGCGGCCUGGACACUCCUUCACGAUGUGGUAUAUGAAGACACCACUCCAUGGAAGUGGAGAGGUCAUUCUGAUAUUGACUUUGCUGUUGAUGAAAGUGGCCUCUGGGUCAUUUACCCAUCUGUGGACUAUGAUUAUGCUCAACAAGAAGUCAUUGUCAUCAGCAAACUUGACCCCAAUGAUUUAUCUACAAAGAAGGAGACAACAUGGAAGACUGGCCUAAAACGGAAUUCCUAUGGAAACUGCUUUAUUGUUUGUGGAAUUUUGUAUGCUGUGGAUGUGUAUAACCAAAAAGAAGGGCAAAUUUCCUACGCUUAUGAUACCCACACAGAUACUGAAGCAGAUCCAAAGUUGGCUUUUAUUAAUGAAUAUGCUUUUACAACACAAAUUGACUACAAUCCUAAAGAGAAAGUACUAUACGCUUGGGACAAUGGACACCAGUUGACAUACAAAGUGAACUUUGUCAACGGAUUCAAAUGAUAGCUUGUUAAGACAUAGAUUAGGCCUAUGCAAAGAAUGCACUUUUACAAACCAAUUAAAAAGUGUUGCUUGGGGAGCAACUAAAGUAUUAUUCUGGGUGUUGGAAGAGGUUUAGCCAUGAAAAGUUUAAUGGUAUGUGACUAAUUCCUUGUCAUGAAGCUAAACAAUACUUUGGAUGUGUG